GAGGAAAAAAAAAGUGUACUCCUACUCACUUGCGGUUUUGCCCGCUCUCCCUCCCUCUUUCUCUCCGGUGAGGUCUCGAUUCGAUACGGCUUCUCCCCUCCGCCGCCAUUCCCAUGCCGUCGCGCUCCCGGCGAAGGCGCCUGCUCCCCCCUCCUGCCCCGCCGCUCAUCCAGGAACUCCACGAAGGCAUCGACUUCGAUGUACAGGUUGACUAUAGCGACGACGACGACGAAGAAGAAGAAGAAGAGGGAGAGGAAAGCGAUGAGGAUGAGGAGGAGGAGGGACAGGGGGAGCCGGGGGAGGAGAGUAUCGGGGAGGGAUGCGGGCCGUCCGAGCAGGCUAGGGUUCCCGGCGGCGCGGCGGAGAAGCACACCUGCCCCGUUUGUAUGGAGGCCUGGACCUCCCAAGGCGCUCAUCGCAUCUGUUGUAUUAAUCCUUGUGGGCAUGUCUAUGGGAGAUCUUGCCUGGAGAAGUGGUUGGCUAGGCAGAAAAGGAACACCGCUGCACCAUGCCCUCAAUGUGGGAGAAGGUUCAAACAUAAGGACAUCAUCAAUCUCUAUGCGCCGGAGGUUGCAGUUCCAAAUAAUGAUCUGGAAAAGGAAGUAUUGUAUUUAAGGGGAAAAUCUGAAUCCCUCGAGGAAAAGGUGAUGAAACAUGAGAAAUUGCUAGAUGAGAUGAAUGAGAGAUUGCUUGAACUUACAAGUGCUCAGAAGAGGCAGAUUGCAUCAGAGCAGAGAUUAAUCAACGAUGGUAGCUCAAAGAGACAGAAAAUGGGAGAGCAUUCGGUUGGAACUACAUAUCUGAAGCCAUCAACCUCAGCCACAGCAGAUUUUAGCUCUAGCAACAGUUGCCAAUUUGUCUUCCAGAAAGAAUUCAUCAUGGAUGGACUUCGAGUCAUGGCCAUAGAUGCAUGCAACCAAACAAUUCUUGCAUCUGGAAAGGCACCAGGUGUAGGACAGGAACAUAUUCUUUCUAAGUUUAGCAUCUUUUCCCAUUACGAAGCUCGGAACAUACAACUUCCUGCUGAUACUAAAGCUGUCAGGGAUAUAUGUAUCUUACCUAGUGGCUUUGCUGUUUUUACAUCACUGGGCAGGAAGCUAUCAUCGUUUAGCAUGGCGACUGAUCGUGUCAUCCUUCAGUGUGACUUGCCGUCUCCUGGCUGGUCGUGCUCUGCGGAUGAAACUUCGCAUCAGAUUUGUGCUGGAUUGCAGAAUGGCAAUCUUAUUAUCUUCGAUAUCCGUCAAACCUCAAGACCGUUGCAUUACAUGGUGGGGUUAUCUACACACCCGGUUCAUACUCUCCAUACAGUCCUUGAUAACAACAGCUCGAAGUUUCUCUCUGCCUCUUCUAUAGGCCCCUGCAUGUGGGAUACUGAUGGCAAUCAAGGCAGGCCGAAGCUGCUAUUAGGGGCAGAUAAUCAACGGGUGUGCAUCUCUCUUGCGUGUGCCCCUCCAUCAAGUGAUCUCUUAGUAGCUUCCUUUCGGCCAAAGGUUGAUCCGUCAGAGGAUGCUACAUCGUCUCAAGUGUAUAUAUCACAAACGCCGACACCCUCUGGUAGAGGAAAACUGGGUAGUCAUGCCCUCAUCCGGAGGGCAGGGAACUCAUCAUCCUUCACCGAAGACAGGACAUGCAGCGCAUUCGUGAGCGAAAUUCGCAUGUCGAAAUCGGCAAUCAUACCUUAUGGAAACAACCAGCAGCUGUUUGCAUAUGGGGACGAGUCGUUGCGUGGGGUCCGGACCUGGCGACUGCCUUCGUUUGAGAUGCAUUCUGAUAUCAGCACCCUCCAGCAACCGGUCAUGGAUUUAAGGUAUGCAGAAAGUUCAACCGGAGGGAGGUUUCUGGGGUACCUGAGCACGGAAAAGUUGCAGGUUUUCAGAAUUAGGUAGCAUGUCAAGGAU